AUGGAGCUGAAGGAUAAAAACAGUCCGAGUUCCUCGAGCCUGGGCGCAGAAACCAUCGACGCGCAGCCGGAUGUGAACAGCUCGGAGUUGGACGGAAUCGGGGAUCCGGCCUCGAGUUGCGCCGAGUCUGAGACGUCCGAAGAGGCUGAUGGUGAUGGGGAGGGGGGAUGCAUCGCGGAAGGGCCUCUGCAGGUUUCCGACGCAUCCGACGUGGACUCGGAGGGAACGGCCUUGGCGAAUGUCACACGGUCGGAGGACCUUGAAAACCUGAUGUCGAGAUGCGGGAAUUGCUCUACGUCUGCGGAGAUGGUCCCGGCUUCCGGGUUGUGUGCGACACCGGCCGAGACCGAGACCGUUGGCUACGUGGUAACGGAGGUUUCAUUGGAUUCGGAGGACUUCUCCGUGGAAGCCUCGUGCGACGGAUCUGUUGGCUUCGAUGGUCUGGCGACGGUGAGAAAAUGUGAUGAGCCUCAGAAGCCCUACAGCCUCACCGGAUGUACGACGAAAUGUCUGAGGAACGAAUCUGUCGGCUAUCUCGUCACGGAGACGUCCCUGGAUCGGAUGAACUUCGAGGUCUCAGCCAGUUGCCUUCCUGGCUGGACGGGUGAGGCAAAGGCAUGGCCGUGUUCGCAGGUUGGUGAACCCUACCAGCUUGCGGGCUGCCGUAAGCCCGAGACCAAGCCAAAGGCGGCUUCGGCGGCUUCGGCGGCUUCGGCUUCCGUCUCAUGUGGCCUUGGCUCCAACGCUUCCUGGACCCUUGAGCGGGCCACGGCUUUCGCGGAGGAGUUGCUCCAGUUCGCCCAAAGCCUCGAGGCUCAGCUCCUCCACGUGCAAGGCGUCGCCAACCUCUCGGCCUUGUCCAAGACGCCGCAAGCCGCCGCCUGCGCUUCCGCGCUGCAGCAGCUCGGGGCCGAAGCGGCCGUCUCGGAGGAGCUCCGCAGGUUGUGGCGGCAGCUGGGGGCCCGGGCGGCCGCCUUGGACCCACGGAGCCCCGAAGCAGAGACGCUCCAAGGCUUCGAGGCCCUCGCAACCCAGGCCAAGGCGGCCCUGGCGAAGCCUUCGCCCGCUUCGCCCGCUCCGCCCUCUCUUCUCAGCUCCGGCUCCGGCUGCGACUUGCCGAGCGUGGAGGCCGCGGGGAAGCGCUUCGAGGAGACGUUGCAGGGCUUUCGAGGAGAGGUGAUCUCCAACAUGCUCCCUCGAGAAGUGGAGAACCUCCACCGAGUGGUGCACACCCUGGAAGUUCUGCGCAACUCCCUGCUUGAGCACUUCGAGGCUGCAGAUGAUCCCUUGCAAGAGUGUGAGAGGUACUUCUCCGGCGUCAGCCAACUGGAAUCAGAUCUCGCACAUUAUCGAAACCUGCUGGAGCCCCCGAAGCCGCAAGCGCAAGCAUCACCGCGGCCUGCGUCGCAGCCGCUGCAAACUGGGCAGUUGCCACAGCUGGAGCUGGCACCGAGCGGCCCGCCACCCAGGGCCGUCAGAGGUGCUGGACCCGCCCUCGAUGCCAGGCCGUGGGGUGGAUGCGUUCCUGUGUCUUUUCUUUCUGAGGGGGGGCUUUCCUCAACUGUGUCGCGAUGUCGCGCAAUCCUAAGAGGUCUUUCAGAUGAAAGCUGA